UGGGGCGUCGUGAAGCUCCAGCUCCACACGGAGCCCGUGCGGAAGCUCCGGGAGACGUUCCGCGAGCUCCACCCGUCGAAGCGGCAGCGCGGGCGCCGCAAGCUCGGCGACGCCCAGGCGGACCGCUUCAGCGACGAGUGGCACGCGCUGGGGAAGCGGUGCCUCGCGCGGGGCCACGUGCCCCUCGCGCGGCGCUACGCGCGGCGCGGCGUGCCGCCGUCGCUGCGGCCCCAGAUCUACCGCGUGCUGCUGGGCCUGCCGAACGUCGAGCACCCGCAGGGCUGCUCCGAGGCCGAGAAGGCCUACUACGCGCGGCUCAAGGCCCACGUGGACAAGAUCGAGCUCGUCACGGACGAGCUGUUCCAGAUGGACGUGCAGCACGUCGCCGACAACGACUACUACUUCCCCUUCGAGGAGGCCCUCGGCAACGUCGUCCUCGCGUUCAGCCGCGACCCCUGGGUGUUGCACAACUCGGCCGUGCGCACGCACGCGCGCCUCGCGGCGAAGCACAAGGAGCCGACGGACGGGCCCGCGUGGAAGGCCGGCUCCGCCGUGCCGCCCUGCGCCGUGCAGCCCUUCCGGGGCUUCGUGUCCUACACGGCGCCGCUCACCUUCGUCUACGAGCGGGAGGAGCCCAUCUACUACUGCCUCCGGGCCAUGUACGCCAAGUUCUGGUGCAAGCUCAACGUCAUGCGCACGGCCGAGUGCACGCUCCUGCCCCUCUGCAAGCUCUUCGAGCAGCUCGUCAUCGAGAACCACCCGAAGCUCUUCUUCUACCUCGUCCAGAUCGGCGUCGACCCGCUCGCCGUCGCGCUGCCCUGGAUCCAGUUCGGCUUCGUCGGGUUGCUCGACGUGGACCAGGUCCUCCUGCUCUGGGACCGCAUCCUGGGCUUCGAGGACCUCUCGCUCCUCCCGAUCCUCGCGGCGGCCAUCUUCGUCUACCGGUCCGAGAAGCUCCUCUCCGCGACGUCGCUCGACGACGUCAAGGACAUGUUCUCCGACGGCUCCAUCCUCCAGGUCGUCCCGCUCAUCCAGACCUUCCUCUUCUGCGGCUAA